GAGAGUGGUGAGUGUGGUGGUGGUGGUGGUGUGGUCAGUGUGGAGCGCGUCAAGGCCAGUGAGGACCCUUACAGAGUGCAGCAGCAUGGCGGUGUUCCCGAUGGAGCGACACAUGUACUCCUGGAUGUUGGACAACGCCACGAGGCCCCUCAGCGGAUCCUUCCAGCCUCUCGCCCUUCCCCCCGAGACCACUGCCUUCUCCUGGCUGGAAGUUCUCGGGCAACAUGAGUUUCUCCUCCUCCCCGCUCUGCAGAACAUGCCUCUGGCGCUGCUGGUGCUCCUCGUGCCGCAGGUCUCCACAGGUAGCCCCAAGAAGCUGCUCUCGCCCUUGAAGCGCCUGGUGGCUCGUGUUUUCCUCUUCCACUUGCUGCUUAACGUAGUGAAAGCAAUAGUGGGGCUGGUGCUAAUGCUGGCGUUGCUGCCCGUCAUGUUCCCUUUCAUGGCUUUCUUCGCGGCGACCUCCAUCCUAGUGAGGGUGUGUUACGCCGUUCUGUGGGGCCCCAGCGUCAAGAAAGUGGAGGGGCUGGACUGUGUGUGGGGCGUGGAGGAGGAGGAAAACAAGCCCUUUAUUACCGUGUGCCUGCGCGUGCACGGCGCCCCGGACCUCCACGCGGUGCAGCAAGCCAUCCUCACCAAGAUCCUGCAGGUGCGGGACGAUUACGGCGAGUACAAGUACAAGAAGUUCCGCCAGCUGUUCUCGCAGCGGUGCGGCUACUACUGCUGGAGGGACGACUGUAACUUCAACAUCAACAACCACGUGCGGGAGAUUGAGCUGAGCAGCCUCCUCCCGACACCCGCCUCCCAGGACGCCAAGGGUGAAGACGAGGCUGCGGCAGGAGAGGAGAGGCAGAAGGGCAACGAUGAUGCCACGGACGAGGUGCUGCAGUGGUACGUGAGCGAGGAGCUGACGAAGGCCAUGCCUGAGGACAAGCCGCAGUGGGAGGUGCUGCUGGUGGCUCGAGGUGAUGGCAGGUACAAUGUGUUGCUAAGGCUCCAUCACGCUAUCGGAGACGGUGUGACGCUCGUGCGGUUAUGUGUGGAGGCCCUGGUGGACACGCCCCUCCCUCGCCCCCCGGUUGGAGCUCCCCCGCCUGGUCCCAUCGUCAGGGCUGUCAUGACUGUGUGGUCCCUGAUGAUGCUGCCUUUCGGUAUCCUGAAGGUGGCGGCAAACUUCGACCGUAACUGUCUUCAUGGUCUUCCUCUCUCAGGCCGCAAGCUGAUGACGUGGUCGAGGGGCAUGCCACUGGGUGUCCUCCGUCAGGUGAAGAACAAAGCCUCCACCACUAUCAACGACGUUCUUAUGACCUGCCUCUCCGCCGCCCUCGCCAAGCACUUCACCCGCAGGAAAGAGGAGCCCAAAAAGGUGACAGUAGUGGUGCCUGUCAGUUUCCACGACCCCCAUGAGCCUCUGACCCUCACCAACCUCUUUUCCAUCGCCACGGUCAAGCUCCCCGUCAGCAAGGCACUGGCGCCACACUCGAGACUCGCCGUUGUCAAGGAGGUACUUGAUGACACGAAGAGGGACCCGACGCUGGGGGCGGUGUACUGGGUGGUGAAAGCGACCAGCGAAAUCCUUCCCGCCCCUGUGGCCUCCUUCCUCUUCAACAGCCAGGGCAUUACCUUAUGUGCCAGCAACGUGCCAGGUCCCCAGCAGGAGAUAACCAUAUGGGGGGACAGGGUGGAGGACCUGGUUUUCUGGGUGCCUAACAGAGGUCCUGUGGGCGUGGGCGUGUCAUUCUUCAGCUACAAGGGUACGGUGAAGAUCGGCCUAAAUGUGGACCUGGCCCUCUUCCAUUCAACGGCUGAGGCGAAGCUGCUAUUGGAAGACAUGGAGGAGGAACUCAAGCUACUGCACCGUCGCCUCCUCCCACAGGGGUAGACAUCCCAGUCCCAGUCAACUUGCUCCGUCAGAUUCCAAAGUGACUAAACUGAGGCUCUUUCCACAUCUAUGAUCUACUAUCAAUCUAACAUCUACCAAAUUCAUCAUAGUCAUCAUCAUGGUCUAUUUGGGGUUUAAUUUUAAUGUUUUCAUGAAAAUUUCACGGUAAAGAUGCAAAAUAAAUAAAUAAAUAAAUAAACUUGGUUUUCCUUACAAGAUUGUUUUUUUUUUUUUCAUAACACGACGGGAUGUCUCAAGUAAAUCUCGGUUUGGUUUACAGCUUUCACGUGUUAUAAUGAAUGUGAGGAUGAACUUGUGAUGGACAGUAAAUGAAGUGUUUUGAUGAAAA